CUGAGUUUAAUACCUUCUCUGCCUUUAGUUCGCUUCGCCAAACCGCUCGCUUCGCCAAAUUCAUUCGCUUCGCAAGUGACAAUACCGCCCAUAAGCAGAAUUCUUCACUUCUAUUUACUACGUUCGUGGGCAGUUAAGUACUAAUCUCGCGGGUAUACAUACGGAUUUAUAUAGAAAAAGUUUGUGAAACUUUCCACAACAGACCAAAGUUGGUAUAUUUUUUGUGGGCGUUUGUGUGAGUGAAUAACACAAAUUGUCGCGUUUAACUGCCCACGUAUCUACCGCCGCUGGCACAAUUGAGAUGAUCCAGCAACCAGUGGAAAGACGCAAUGGCGGUGGUGAUGUUCCCAACGAUGAGAUGGCACCGAUUGCCUCGCAUCGCAGUGGUGGGGCUUCCUCAAUGUUUCGUUCGUUUGGCUCAUUGUUUGGAGCGAAUAGCAAUCACACAGGCAGCGGCGGCGGCGGCAUACAUUCGCCCUCAAAUGCAGGCGAACAUGGUUACGUUGAGUUCGGUAUGCAGGAUCCGGAUAGAAGCGGUCGUACUCUAGGGACUUUUGCUGGCGUAUUCAGCCCAGUAGCGUUGUCAAUGUUCAGCGCUUUAGUCUUUAUUCGUGUGGAUUAUUGACAUUCUCCCUGAUGUCAACAUUUGGCAUAGCGUUGCUACAUCGGAAAUUUGUAGGAGAGGGUAAUUCAAAUCAUAUAUUGGAUAUUAUUUAUAAAAUGGUGGAUUUCAUAAAUGCUGAAUGAAGAGGCAUAUAACACAAAAAC